UUGAACUCCUGAGGCUGUAAAUUGUUCAUACAUGACCCGGCCAUAUAAAAUUUAAAUUUAAUGGUCGUAUGAGAAUUAAGAAAAUACUUUUGUGCACAGCUAACAAUUAACUGUAUAGCGAAUUGUAAAGUAUAUUAUGCAAUGAAUGGACAGAGCUUUACAUCAUUAAUGUAAUUAUAUACGAACAUUGGAAUAAAUUAGUUUCUAAGGUACAUCAUUGUGAAGCCUGAAAAUGCAUGUAUAGAAUGUCUUCAUGGAAGAUCGUUGUUUCUCUGUGCAUUACAGUUAUUGCUAUUUUGUGCGGACAUCGAUGUUUGAGUUUGUAUACUAUAUCAAGAUCAUUUGAGGAAGAGCGUACCGUAGUGACCAAUACUAAAUAUUCCAGUUAUCUUACUUCUAUAAACGCAAGUGAUCCAAAGUUUUACAAUAUCUUACUGGAAGAGGAGGCUUUGCGGUAUGGUCCCUGUGUUAACGAAAGCUAUGCUGCGUCUGCUAAAAACAGCAAAGUUAUUAUAUCUGGUGGAACAAAAAAGGAAUAUCAACAUGGAGACGUUGUCGUAGCUUCUAUCAUUGUCUACGAUGGCAACGGAAAACGUAAAUUUACAGGUGGAGAUCUCUUUAGAGCGAUAGUUGAAAAUAAACACUUACAAGCUUCGGCUCCUUGUGUGGUUUAUGACAACAGUGAUGGAACACAUACCAUAACAUUUACUGCUAUGUGGACUGGUCCUUUGCUUUUGACAGUGUAUUUGAGUUAUACUAGAGAAAUUGUAACAUUUAUUUAUCGACUGAAGUCUCUGAAGUAUCCGCCAUAUGAGAUACUUCUUGGGAAGUUUAUGAACGGACACGAGUCUGAAUCAGCUAGGUGUUAUCCAGCUGAAUUUACCCUGGAGAAAAUUAUAAAGACUAAAUCGUAUUGCCACAUGACAUCUAAAACGUAUGACAUGCCGUAUUUUUGCGAAAAGCCGCUAAAACAACAUUUAAGUUGCCAGAAUUGGACAGCAGCAAAACUUCAUCGAGUACGAAGUAUGCCAACAUCACCAUGUGAAAACUCUUUGAUAAAAAGAGGACAGCAGAAGUUGGAGCAGGUGGUUUAUAUCAAUGUUACUCGUAAGAAAACAGACACGGGACUAUAUUUUACGAAUGAGCCACUGAAACGAUGUUCGGAUUACAACUUGUCACUCCUGUGGAAUACUGCUACACCUUCUGGAUUUUCUCUACAGAAUAAAUGGAUAUAUACGAGAUGUCAGUGUCUAAAUGAGAGCCUUUACAAAUCAUGCUUAACAAACAAGAAAAUAUACUUGCUUGGAGAUUCAACAUUAAGACAAUGGUAUUAUAAUAUCAUCGACAGGUUUAAAAACCGUCCGAGUGGAAGAAAAGUAGUACAUACACAACUUUCGUAUUUCAAUAAGGAGUACAAUACACGGGUUAUGUGGAGUCCUCAUAGCAUGCCUAUAUUCCUGCUGUAUCAGUGGACUUCUUUACGCGACACACUUUACUCUAUAUCUAGACGAAUUGACAACAUACCUCAGGAAGAACAUGCUGUUGUUGUCUUUCAGCUAUAUAUGCACAUGUUGCGGUAUCAUCAUAGUGUCUUUCAACGAAGAAUGGAAAUCAUAAGAAACUCUGUAGAGAAGUGUUUGAAAAGAAAUAAGAACAUUGUAUUUAUGAUUAAAUCCCCGCAUACAUUUUUUGAACCUACAUUUGAUAACCUUGCACUUGGUGAUUACCCGGGUAACGUAUUUAGUUAUAUUUUAUAUGAAGUGUUUCAGGGCUUACACGACAAAGUUGUGUUACUUAAUAAUCGUGAUAUAAGUUUGACCUAUCUAAACAAGAACGCACAUCCAUCUGAAAGCAUUGUUAAUGCUAUGGUUAAUCAAAUGUUGUGCCAUGCAUGCUAACGCUAUGGUUAAUCAAAUUUUCUGCCAUUCAUGUCAUGAAAGGCGUUGAUAGGCAAGACCUUUGAUAGAACUGAAUGUUAACAUUAUAAACAUUACGCAAAUUUUCAUUCACAAACUUUUCAUAUUUCAUAUAUAGAUCUAGGAGACGAAUAUUACUUUUAUCUUAGGUUGCCAUUGUGAUCCGAAACAGAAACAUAUUUAGAAAUAUUAUGAGAGGCCAAUCAUAUCAAAAGCAGAUAUUAUUUCAAGUUUGUCUUCACAUUCCAAACAAGUAUUGAACAGUUACAACAGUUACAGUAGAAACCAACAUGUAAAUGUCAUGUGAUGCAAAUGAAGCUAUUAACCACAUAUUAACUUUCUAUAAUUAUAUAUUGCCAUGCACUUAUAGGUAGUUGUAUAUGUAUUAAAAGUCAUUUUUUUCAAGAUUUGAUAAAACUUUUUUUUUUUAUCUUACAUUUUAGCUAUUGAAAAAGUUUGCGUAUAUUCCAGGACCCCAACCCCCAUCCGCCCCAAUCUCCUCCGCCCCUGCUUACGUUCAGCGAAUAUCUUUUAGCAUUUUACCAUGUAUUGAACAUAUGUGACGAUCAUAAAACGCAUUUUUGGUUGCGGGUUUAUCCCGCUACCAAAGUUAAAGUGUAUUUCUGACAAUCUUAGCAUCUUUAUUUGAUUCCAAAUCACACCCAAAGGAUGUUCUUGUGCUACACAAAAUAGUCCCAUUCAUAAACAAUGCGGAUGAAUUAUCAGUGAACAAGCAGUUCUUAUUCAAGCUGUGUCCACUGCACUGACCAUUUAGAUUAUAUAACAUCUGUCAAUGAUAAGGUAUUCCAGCACAUGGUUACAUCACAAGCUGGGUCAGGCAGAGUUCAUCUUAGAUAUGAGGCACAUGAAAUUUGUAUUUGUUUCUCAUUCAUGUUUAUUCAUAUACUGGCAUUUAAACAGAAAAUAAAUCUACCAAAAACCCGCAACCAUCAGACAUUUCAAGGCUUUGAUUUAACAUUUCAGCGUGUUUUAAAAAAUGCAUUUUCCCCAUCAAUGCUCUCAAUAUCUGAAGAUUUGAAACAGUGUACUGACAAUGGGAAUACUUCCCUGCGAAUUGAUCCUCGCUUUGUAUACACAUGGUAUCAUUAUCAUCAUCAUCAUGAUUAUUAUCAUCACUUAUUUCAUGAUCAUCAUCAUCAGUAUCACUAGAGCAAUAUUGGAGUCAAGGGGUAUAAAAAGUUCAUUUAACACCUCAGAAGGUAUGAACUCAUUCGUACAACAGCUACAAUCAGUCAAUACAGUUUUAAAUUCAGCAUUGUAAAACUCAGAAAUAAGACGUGGAUAUUGUUUAAUUAAAGAAUAUCUGAAUUCUUUCAAUUGCAACUGCUCUGCAGAAAAUGCACGGCCUAAUGUAACACCUAUAUGACCAGGUAUGUUUGCAUCUUCACAGUCAAUUACAAUGGAUUCAAAAGUCAUUUUUGUGACUUAUAAAUAGUGAUACCAAAUGCAAGAAUAAGCGUAAACUGAAGUCUUUUUGAAAGUGCUUUUUUUGUUCUAGAAACUAGGAUUUAUUUUUGGGAAAAGGUACCUACUUAAGUUAACAGUUAAUCUUCUCUUUGGAAAAUGAACAACAACUUGAUUAGGAAGAAGUUCUGUAACUCUACCAGUGCUACCAUUGACGAGUUUCCAACUUAAAUUCAAGACAAGCAUAACAGUACAUCCUGCUUUUAAUCGUAAUUUUGGGUGCUUGAAUUUGUUUAAGGUAAUAAGAAUCUCCCUCAUCUUCAGCUUUAUGUAAACUUUAAAACACCUGGCACAGUUCGCAAGCUGUCACGAUUAAAAAGGUUCGUCUUGUAACUCCGCGAGAAAAGAUGCAUAGUGUUUUCAUUUUCUUCAAUAUUUCUUUUCAUGUUUUUAAAAAUAAAGUCCUGUGAACUUUGUGUUAAAUUUCCCUUUUCAAGAUCAUGAACGCAGACUGUAAGGUUUUCUUCAUUUUGCCUAAACAUUGUUUCAAAAUUUAUAUGAUGAGGCAGAGCGGAUGAGAAAUAUUCAGAUCCAAAACAGAAUUUACCACAUUCGCCGUAUAACGGGUCUGAAACAGGGGGGAACUGGUAACAACCACCUGAAAAUAUUACCUGUAUUCCAUUGAAAUACCUGUCGUUUUUUCUUACCGGUCAACAGAUUCAGAUAACCCUUUUUACUAACCAUAGAAAUUCAUCAACGAUAAGGAUUUCACAUAUCUUUAAACGUCGUCUUGUAGCUACAUAUCUCUCAUCAUUGCACACAAGCCAUAUUAGUUCUUGUAUCGUAAUACCCCAUCACCCAACACACACCAUCUAUGCAACGUUUGUCCAUUUUUAAAUUGCACAGCAAUACCUGUACUGCAUGUGAUAGAAACUUCCUUUCCUUUCCUGUCUAUAUCUUCUGCAAACUUAGAAAGAACGUAUGAUUUCACCAUGCCGCCUUAACCAGUUAAAAUAAUAUUGUGGCCAUCUGAUGCAGCCGGGUAUAAUGAACCUUGUCUAGCGCUUAACAUAAUUGAAACCUUAUGUUACUUACUAUGGACAGCUUUUUCCGGUGGAAGUGAUGUUCUGGUAUAAUGUAGUCGUAACCGUAUUAAUUUUGCUACCCGGCAACUAUAUGCGCAGUACAAGGCAGGGAUAAAUUCGCAGGGAAGUGUUUCAUAAAAUUGAAAUUGAUCGAUUUAUAUCUCGUCGGAAUACGAAUGACAGUUGUCAGGACAGGUGUCAUUUGACAGAAUGGUAACAGACCCGUCGAUUGAUACCAGGGAUACUUAGGUAGGUGUUAUUUUAAAAGUUUAUUUGGUUAUUGUUUUCCUGUGACCAUGAUACUAUUUCAAAUCUUCAGAUAUUGAGAGCAUUGAUGGAAAAAUGCAUUCUUAAAACACACUAAAAUGUAACAAAGUGCGUUUUAUGACCGUCACCUAUGUUCAAUACAUGGUAAAAUGCUAAACAAUAUCCGCAAAACUUAACCAGGGGCGGAAGAGAUUGGGGCGGGUAGGGGGAUCCUGACCCCCAAGUGUCUGUGUUUACGACAGUAAUUAAUAAUACGAAGCUAAGGGAGAUAAUCGGUCCUUGGUUAACAACCAUGACGUAAUUUCCCAGAUAAUUAUUUUAUGUAUUUUGUAAAUUUCACCUGUCCGAGCAAAUACAAUAAUUUUAUUGGUAUAAAUCACUUUUUCAUAUAUAUAUGAGAAGGACUUUGUUAUUUUAGGCUUUAUAUUUGUUUUAUUUUUGUUAGGAAAAAAAAACUUUUCACGACGGCUGAAAUCAUAUAGGCCUACAGGUUUGUAUUUUGUCUUUUAAUGAUUAUUUUGAACUUGUGUUACAAACUUACUGCUUAAAUUUUAAAAAAUAUUAUACACAUUAAAUCUAAAUUCUAAUAUGUUAAAACAAGCAUCGUUUAGGCCUCUUGAAAUAUUAUUAUAUUAUUAUUUGAAUCUUUCAGCCUCGUCUGUGACAAUACAACAAGCAUAUGCAUAACGACAAAACACAAAAUUGCACAUUGUAGACAUAGAACUACAAGAGACAUUGAUUAUAUUCUAUAUGAACACAUCCUAAACUCUUAUCUGUAAAUGUAAAAUCUACAAAAUCUGCAAGUUCUGUCAAUCACUACACAACGUGUACGGUUAAAUGAAUACUGGUAAGCAUUCAUUACAACCUGUGCACUAUGUUCACAAUAAAAGUGUGUUCUUUCUUCAAUGAUUUUAAGCAGAUAUUACAGUGAGCCGAUUAGCAUAUAUUUCCCAACUUGGAUAAAACCCUAAUUUUUAAAUCGUAAAUUACAUGUAUGUAGCCAAUAUUAAAAUUGUUACAAAGUAUUGUUUCUAACUUAGAAAAUAUUUCAGACAAUAUCUCGCUGGAUUCUAAUAACACAAAAACAUUAUUUUAUAUAACAAUUUUUUUUCUAUUAAUAUCACUAAGUACUCAAAAAUCGUUUUUAACAGUAACUACCUACCUUUAAAAUAGCAGUUCAUGAUACUCCAAUUCGAUACCGUUUGAAUAUUAAGAGCAGGUGUGCCAUUUAAUUCAGCUUGGUUUUCAUAAUGCCCAGGUUCAAACCAUAGUGGCACUAUGCGCAUCUAACUUUAGCAAGAACCGAUCUAUAUGAAAAUGGAAUAUAUCAUGGUUGUCAUCAAACUUCAUGGUUUGGUUGCCAUCAAACGUAAUAUUAUAGUUACCAUCAAACUUCUUUACAUGGGUCUACCAAACAUCAAAGUACAGUUGCCAUCGAACUUCAUAGUAUGGUUGGCAUCAAUCUUCAAAGUAAGGUCACAUUUUUAUAGUAUGUUUGCCAUCAAACUUAGCAGUAUGGUUGCCAUCAAACUUCAUAGUAUGGUAGCCAUCAAACUUCAUAUUAUGGUUUCCAUCAAACUGCAUAUUAUAGUUGUCAUCAAACUUCAUAGUAUGGUUGUCAUCAUAAUUUUAUAGUAUGGUUGCCAUCAAACAUCAUAAUUAUUAUGGUUGCCAACAAACGGCAUAUUAUGUUUGCGAUCACAAUUCAUAGUAUGGCUACCAUCAAACUUAAUAUUAUAAUUGCAAACAAACUGUAUAUUAUGGUUGUCAUCAAACUUCAUAGUAUGAGUGGCUGGCAUCAAACUACAUAUCAUCACAAUUUAAUAGUAUGUUUGCCAUCAAACAGUAGUAUGGUUGCCAUCAAACUUCAUAGUAUGAUAGCCAUCAAACUUCAUAUUUUGGUUGCCAUCAAACUUUAUAGUAUGAUUAGCAUCAAACUUCAUAGUAUGGUUGCCAUCAAACUGCAUAUUAUGGUUGUCAUCAAACUUCAUAGUAAGAUUGCCAUCACAAUCCUAUAGUAUGAUUUCCAUCAAAUUUUUUAUUGUGGUUGUCAUCAAACUUCAUAGUAUGGUUGCCAUGACAAUUCA